GUUUUGGAUGGUGAUGAGGAAUGCGACUCCUUCUGGGAGGUAUUUGGGGGCCAAGCUGAGGUCAAGAGCGCCGAAGAGGGCGGGUGCGAUACUCAAGUAAACGAACCAGGACCAAGCAAACUGUUCCGAAUCUCGGACAGCGAUGGGGAAAUAGAGGUGGACCUAGAGAAAGAAGGAGAGUUGAGCAAGGAUGACUUGGAUACCAACGAUGUGUUCUUGGUAGAUGCGGGGGGUUUGGCACUGUUUAUCUGGGUGGGUGACGGUGCCAGCCUGGAAGAGAAGGCCAACGCGUUCCAGAUUGCUAAUAAGUACAUUGCGCUGAAUGAGCUGCCACAUACUGUACCAGUGUCGCGCGUGACGGAGAGCAACACAUCGAAGGCUUUCGACGCUCUGAUGGAUAACUGA